GUGGGAAGCUUCCAGCAUCUCAUCAUUGCGUCCCAUCAUUUGCUGAUGGUUCUUCCAAAGGGAGAGCUGGCUUAUGACACAACAAUGGAAGCCAUUGAGGGGAUAGCUGCGGAGGCGCACAGGUUGAAGCGAACGUUAGAAGGCUCCGUGUACCUUGGAUGGCCCGGCGGCGGUCUUCAAUGUGUGCUCACUCCCGUGCUCGUAUCUGGGGAAGGCCUGCUGCCCAACUUAGGUAGUACUGACCUGUGUCUUGACGACAAGGACACCAGAGGGGUGCUGGAGACGCUGGUGAUCUCCGCUUUGGGAAUGGCUGAGCUGCUUCUUUCUAUCGCUGAAAUGCUGUCGAUCAUGCUGAUUGAACAGAAGAGCGGCCGGACCAACGAUCUCUGGUGGCCUGUCAAUGUUGAGCAGAGCAUUGAAUAUUCAUUAUCCUCUGCUGUAGUGAUGGCUCUGGAGGAAGAGGAGGAAGAGAAAGAGGAAGCGGAAGCGGAAGCGGAAGCAGAAGAGGAAGAGAGGAAGAGGAAGAGGAAGAGGAUGGAUACGGUGGUGGUAUAUGAUGAUGAUAAUGAUGAUGAUGACAAGUAGUAGGAAGAUGAAGAGGAGGAAGAGGAGGAAGAGGAGGAAGAGGAGGAAGAGGAGGAAGAGGGUAGGAGCGGGAUGGGCGCGGUCGUGGGGGCUGUGUUCAUGAUGGACGAUGAGUGUAACUCUAACAGUGGCGAUAGCGUAAUGAUGGGCAACCAUGCACAAUGUAUUCUGAAGAGACUGGUCCUCCGGAUGAUGACACCGCUUGUCAUUUGGCGGCGAUUGAUCCAUUUUGUUUCCAAUCGA